AUGGGAGGGACUUUUUGAGACUUUUUCCUACCCUACCGCAUCGCAUCGCGCUCCCGCUCGCGUCUCCCACCUCGCCCGCCGCCGCCGCCGCCACCGCCGCCGCCAGUUCCCUCGCCCGCCGCCGCCGCCGUCGCCAGUUCCCUCGCGCCCCCACCAGCCGCCGCCGCCAGUUCCCUCGGCUCCGCCCAGGCAGCGCCCGCGCCGCAGCAGCCUACCGCUCCUCGGCGGCGGCCUCCUCCUCCUCCGACGCCUACGCGCGCAACGCCGCCGCCGUCGGCGGCCUCCUCUCCGACCUGCGGUCCCGCGUCUCCCAGGUGCGUGCGCGCCGCCGGUCUCUCUCUCCCUUCCUUGACCCGACCCCUUCCUCUCCUUGACGAAACGGGAGGCCCUACAGGUGCUGGGCGGCGGAGGCGCGGGGGCGGUGAAGCGGAACGAAGGGCGGGGAAGCUGCUCCCCAGGAACAACAUAGUCCUUUUACAUGUCAUUUAAUGGCCUUUAGUCCCUGAAAACAAACGGGUAAGGACUAGAGACUUUUAAGUUGGGACUAAAAAAGUUCCGGGACUUUUGAAACAAACAGGGCCUAAACACCUCUGAAUUCUCUAGGAAUCACAUUGCACGGUCGUGUCUCAUCUCUCAUGCAUGGAUGAGGAUGCAUCAUGCAUGCAUAGUGUGUGUGCUCAUCAUAAUCAUAUCAGCGAUCAAUUGAUGGUCAUGGUCCCAAGUAUAUUCUUGCGAAAUCGUGUUGCGUUUUAGACUUAAAGGCUAAUAGCUUGCACUUUGUCAAGUUGACACAACUUUCUUUUGCGUUUCUCGCACCUUCUUCGGUUGGUAAUCUCUCUGGUCCUGAUGCUGUGAGGCUGAAGAAUGGAAUGGAACAGCACGCCCACGAUAUGCGCACCCCACUCUAGCUUCAAAGGCGGAUUAGAUGCCGCCUUUACAGCUCGAUCCGUGCGCUGGGAUAAUUCAAUGGGAAUUCUGCUGUUCAUCACU